GUUAUUAACGUUAAUUGCUUUUCUAUUCUUUCAUAAAAGCACAAAUUGUAUGCCAUAUCUUUGUUAUUAUUGUUAGGCUGUAGGAGUUAUAACCAGUGUUACAAAAGAAAAGCGGUUUAAUUGUAAAAUAUUAACCUUUCAAUCUUGUUUAUGAGGUAUAUCUUUUUUGUAAAGUUAUCUGUACGUAGUAGAUUAACGAAACAUGGCAUCAUGCAAAAACGUAUGGGCACCGACAGGAUUAUCAAUUUUUACAGCAACAUCAUCCGCUAUUUUUGCAAUUAUCGCCAGUUUAGGGAAUAUGUUGAUUGUGGUGGUCGUUAUUAAAGAUCCUUUGAAAAAGUUAAGAUCACCGUUUUUGUAUUUUGUAGUAAAUUUAGCAGUAAGUGAUCUCAUCGUAGGAAUGGUGACUAUGCCUAUCUCUGUGUAUACGCAUAUCACCGAAGCCCUGGUCAUUUUGGAGAAAUAUCCGCUACUACGACGUACACUGCAUUUAUCGUUCUUUAUUUCAGUAAGUGCAAGUAUUUUGAAUUUAAUGGCUCUCUCCAUUGACAGGUACAUUACCAUCACAUUUCCUUUAAAACACAAAAAAUAUUUGUGCUGGAAGAGAUGCUGGGCUAUAUCGGCUGGAAUAUGGCUGUUUUCGUUGACCGUACCUUUUGCUUACAUUAAAAUUGGAUUUAUUGAUUAUUUACUGGUGUUUACAAACUAUGGUAUUAUUUUAACCUUCAUUAUUCUGGUGAUUACCUAUGUUCGAAUAUACAGAUUUCUUCGAAUACAAACUGCUAAAAUGAAAAAGCAACUCCGAAUAACAUCUUCAUCGGUGGAAGAUUCUCAUCUGGAUCGAUGCAUGGUGGAAAGAAAAGUCACUCGUGUCUUCAUUACCAUUCUUGCUAUUUUCAUUGCCACAUAUAUACCAGCAACAAUAAUGAUUUAUAUCUUGCAAUAUUGUAAAACCUGCGAUUGUACAUUCCGCCAUUAUUUACGAGAUCUGCAGUUUUUACUGAUUUCAUUAAAUAGUUGCUUAAAUCCAUUCAUAUAUCUACUACGAUUUCAGCCGUUCCAAGAAUCCACCGAACGUAUUUACCGUUCAUUUAAACAACGUUUUGGUAAUCUGUCGGAAACUACAGAUGGUGGUGAUAGAGUUACACGUAACAGUUGCACCCAGUUGUCAAAUCUAUCGAACAUAGCAGAAAACAGUACUUGAUGAUUUUGUUUACUUUAAUUAAACUCAAGGAAUAACAAGAAAGAAUUUUUUUAUAAACAAAAUUCCCUUUUUUUCUGUUACAUAGGAAUAUUUACUUGAAAGAUGUUAAAACACGUAGAAAAAUCCGCUUUUUAACAUUUUCAACGAAAUGGAUAACAUCGAUAACAAUGGUUAAUUCCCCUUGAAUUUGCCUUUACACAAGUUUAAAACAAAGCAAAUACAUUCCCUGUGAUUUUGAAGCCGCUACAGUAAAUUUAAACUGUCAUCGUUUUAUCACAUGAUUUGUUCUAGCCAAUUAGAAAUGUACACAAAGGUUUUAUAAAAUACAUAAUACAAUUCUUAUGUUUUAUAGAUGCUGUUAUAGAAAAUU